UUCUCCGGCAAAGAAGCCUGGUCUUCGAAAGGCGCUGCAGUUUGUAGCAGAUCUGUUUGAUGCUAGUUCUGAAGGGCAGAGCUCAGAGGCCUUGGGAGCUUCAUUGUCAUCUCUUGGUAACCUGGUAGGAUUAGUGGCCGAGACAUCUGAAGAAAGAUACCGUCUUUUGGACCAAAGGGACAAAAUCAUGCGACAAGCUCGAAUAAAAAGGACCGAUCUUGGCAAAGCAAAAACUGUUGUUGGCACUUGCCCAGACAUGUGUCCUGAAAAGGAGCGCUACAUGAGGGAGACGAGAAACCAGCUCAGUAUCUUUGAAUUGUUUCUAGGAUCUGACAAGGUAGAUCAUGCGGCAGCAAUCAAGGAAUAUAGCAGGUCUUCAGCAGAUCAGGAGGAACCUUUGCCCCAUGAAUUGAGACCCUCUGAGGUGUUGAGCAUGACCAUGGACUAUUUAGUGACAAACAUUAUGGAUCAAGGAGAAGGAAACUACCGAGAAUGGUAUGACUUUGUCUGGAACAGAACUCGUGGAAUAAGAAAGGAUAUAACCCAGCAACAUCUCUGCAACCCACUGAUGGUGUCUCUGAUUGAGAAGUGCACUCGCUUUCACAUCCAUUGUGCUCACCACUUGUGUGAAGAGCCCAUGUCCGCCUUUGAUGCCAAAAUCAACAAUGAGAACAUGACUAAAUGCCUGCAGAGCUUGAAAGAGAUGUAUCAGGACCUGGCUAACAAGGGGAUUUACUGCAAGAGUGAAGCAGAGUUCAGAGGUUAUAAUGUCUUGCUGAAUCUCAACAAGGGUGAUAUUCUCAGAGAAGUACAGCAGUUCCAUCCAGAGGUUAGAAACUCUCCUGAAGUUAGAUUUGCAGUUCAAGCUUUUGCUGCAUUAAACAGCAACAACUUUGUGAGGUUUUUCAAGUUAGUGCAAGCAGCUUCCUAUCUGAAUGCCUGUCUCUUACAUUAUUAUUUCAACCAGAUUCGUAAAGAUGCUCUCAAAUCUCUCAAUAUUGCCUAUACUGUGAGCACCCAAAGAUGUACAGUGUUUCCCUUGGAUCUCCUGGUCCGCAUGCUACUGUUCAAAGAUUGUGAGGAAGCAACCGAUUUUAUAAGUUAUUAUGGCCUGAGUGUAUCUGAUGGUGCUUAUGUAGAGCUGAAUCGCUCAGCUUUCUUGGAGCCAGACGGAUUACCCAAACCACGUAAAUCGAUGUUUGUCAGCCAGAAGCUAACUGUCUCGGUUGGGGAAAUUGUAAAUGGUGGGCUGUUGCCCUCAGUGCCUCACCACGUGCCUGUGUCCAGCUUCGAUGGACAGAACAAGUAUACUGGCGGAAGCACCUCUGUGGAUCAAGCUAGCAGUAGCCAAAAAUCCAGCGUGGAAGCAACAGAAGGAAGAGUGGAAAGCAAAGGUGUGGAUUUAGAUGCCACAGCAGUAAGAGUCCAGCCCCCAGCUCAUCUUCUGCCCUCACUGUUACCUCGUCAGCUUGUGCCAGUGCUGACUCCUGCGCAGGCGAUCUCCCAACCUGCUGGACAACCUGAGCCUCUCUCUUCAAAGCCUCAGCCUGUCUACACAGACACAGACAUUGCCGAAGUGGCGGAUGGUCUUGUGCACGAAGUCAUCAAAGGGGAGUGCAGAGAAGUCGGCAGAGCAGCAGUGGCUUACGUGACUGCUGCCAUCUGCACCUCGGAGGCCACCGUGGAGGAACUCGUGACUGAAGUGAUGGGGGAGAUCCUCAGACAAGUGGCUGGAAGUGUGCUGAGCGCAGAAAGGGAGCGUGUCAAAGAGGAAAGGCGCAGAGUGGAGGAAGAGAGACAAAAGCAGGAAAGAGAACAGUUGAUAAAGCAGUUGAGCCAGUUGGUGGGUAUGGAGUUAAUGGAAGAAGUAAUAAAGGAGAGCGUUCAAGAAGCUUCAGCCAAUGAGUUAAAAUGUGCCUUAGAAAGAGACCGGGAAGCCCGUAUUGCCCGCUGUUCAGAAGAAGUCUGUGGUCACAUCAUGGACCUCUUUCUGGAGGAUGAGAUUUUCCAGAUUGCUAAGGAAACACUUCAGGAGCUCCAGUGUUUCUGCAAGUACUUGCAACGGUGGAGGGAGGCAGUGGCAGCUCGAACAAAGUUGAAACGUCAAAUGAGGGCGUUUCCAGCUGCUCCCUCUUGUGCAGAUCCAAAAAAUAAACUGAAAGCACUGUCCCCCAGUGCUGAGUGGCCUAUAACCAUGGAGAACUUGUGCAAGAGAAUUGUAAACCUGGGGAACGGAGGAAAGCUGGGGGUCUCUUGCACGAGAUUGAAUUGGCUGAGAAACAAGACAGUGCAUGAAAUUAAAGUUCAGCACUUCUACCAGCAAUUGUUAAGUGAUUUAGCUUGGACUCCCCUGGAUCUUGUCUCAUUAAUCACUGAACAUAUUCCAGUUCAACAAGAACAGGUUUUUUGGAAGGUGCUGUUGGUUUUGCCAAAUGAUGAUGAAUAUGCGGAGGAUGAUCCCAACAGGGUACUGGUGGAUUGGUUGAAAGCCAAAUUUAUGGGAGACAAAAGCUGGAAGAAAAAUGCUUCACACACUACAGAAGGCAGAAUUCAAACACUGACGUUAUUUAAUUCUCCUGGCUUGCAAGGGAGCAGAAGCAUUAAAGUCAGUGUGUGUGUAAAGGUGGCACAUGGUGCGCUGUCCAACUCUGAGCUUGAUACAGCUGAGAUGCAAAAAGACUUGCUUGGAACCAGUGGUCUCAUUCUUCUCCUGCCCCCUCGAGUUAGGAGUGAAGAUGUUGCAGAAGAUGAUGUUUAUUGGCUUUCAGCUUUGCUGCAGUUGAAACAGUUGCUUCAGGCCAAACCUUUCCACCCGAUAGUUCCCCUGGUGGUUCUAGUCCCCCGUCAGGAAGAGGAGGCCACAGAGAAAGAAGUAGAAGAAGGUUUGAUGCUGCAGGACUUGAUUUCAGCCCAGCUUAUUUCAGACUACACCAUUGUUGAGCUCCCAGGUUCUAUCAAUGACGUACAAGGCACCAGAAGGAUCUGUGCGGCUGUGGGCUGGCUGGUUUCCCAAUGCCCUGACUCCCUUGAGCUCUGCAGUCAGACCCUUCGGGAGUAUGUUGAGGAUGGGAUUGAUGGAGAAUUUGGCAAGCGCUUCUACCAUGACUGGAAGGAGAGGCGUUUAGCUGGCCUGCCAUCUCAGGAGCCUGGGCUCAUCAUAGAGCUGUACAACAGCGUGCUGCAGUUUCUUUCGGAUGUGGCAUCCUCAGAGCACCUUUGUGACUUGUCAUGGCCUGUUACUGAGUUUUCAGAGCCUGGGGGUAACAAGCUGUUGCCCCACCUGCAGUGGAACAUGCCUGAUCACCUGGCCUGGCUGAAGAAGGCUGUGCUGUCCUUCCAGAUCCCAUACCUAGAUCUGCCUCCAUUAGGUGCUCCUUGGCAUCCUGUUUGCUGCAUGAUUUUUCAGUAUGUGUCUCAGAUUGCUAGUUCUUCCCAUACUCAACCACUGAUCCAAUCUCAAGUGGAGAAUCUGCUGAGCAAAACUUACGAGAAGUGGAAAAACAGAACAUCUGGGAACUCUGAGGAAGAUGGACCUUCUGUUGAUGAGAUCCCUUGGGAUGAUAUCUUGGCAGUCUGCAUUGAUCAUAAACUGAGAGACUGGAAACCACCCAAACUGCCUAUUGCUCCAGAAGCAGUAAGUGAAGAUGGUCAGAUUCGUGUGUACUUCUUCAAGGAUCAUUUAAAGAACUUCACUCUCCCUUUUUCGUGGGAACAAGCCAGACUGCGCACGCAGGAGGAGAUCCGGCAAAGCCACGAGAGGUCAAGGAUAAAAUCUCCCAACUCUUUUAAGAAACCCUAUAGCAUUUCCAUGAUGCCAGGUCAAUAUGGUUCUGGCAUGAGCAUACUGUCAGGUCAAGAAAAGAGCAUUCCCAGUGCAGAUGAAUUCACAGACACAGCCUCGGGCCUGGAGCUUCUCCCAGAGCGUUUGUUGGCACAGUUGCAACUGGAGAAAAUAGAAAGCAGGAGGUUUGAAGAACAGUUGCACCAAUGUCUAGUUGAGGACAUUGAGCCCCUUGGUGAUUUCGUAGGUCUUCCUCUCUACCUCCCCCAGUCUCUGGUCUCCACCCCAACUGUCACCUGUCCAUUGAUAAAGAGUCCUGCAUCAUCUGCUCAAGAGGCUGGGAGUCAAGAGAGAUGCAAGCUUUUGGUGGAGGAGCUAAGCCCCACGCUGUCAGACAGACUGAAACACUUGCAACGGCUUCUCAGAGCAAACAAGGAGGGUGAAGUUGCCUCCGAGCUCCACCUAUCUGCUCUGGUGGACAUGGUGGAUAUUUGA